UUCCGCCCGUCCACUCUAUUGCUAGGGUUUUCAUAUCCAGAGUCACGGCGAAAAAGAGAUUCCAGAGAGAAGAGAGAGAAUGGGGUCGCGAGAUAAGGAUCACACGACGCCGCAUCAGCCUCUGUUGAGCAGCCUGGUGGUGCGGGCGACCGAUAGCGGCGGCGGAGGAGCAGCCGGCGGUAGCGAUUACGAGCCCGGCGAGGUCCGCCGCUCGGAUCGAUUCUCCGAUAACCCUGGGUAUAGAAUUCGUGCAGGUUCUGGUUCUCCUGUGCGCCGCAGGAAUGCAGAUCACCGCUACAGUCCGGAUUUUGAUCGUCGGGUGGGCCUACCACGUGGUCGUGGAUUUGGUGGUGGGAGAUCUCCUGGUAGAUAUCGAGACUAUUCGCCCCCUUAUGGCCGUGGAAGAGGACGUGGCGGCAGGUUUUCAGAUAGAGGAUUUGAUGGGCCUGGAUUUGGUCCUGGACCAUUCAGAAAUGAUGGGGUACCUCGAAAUAAUCCUAAUGUACGUCCAAGAGAAGGAGAUUGGAUGUGCCCUGACCCCGCAUGUAACAACUUGAACUUUGCACGGCGAGACCAUUGUAACAACUGCAAGAGGCAUCGUUUUGCGCCACCACGGAGGGGAUAUCUUGGUCCCCCUCCUCCCCUUCGACGAUUCCCUGGACCUCCUCUGGUGAAUCGCUCUCCUCCUGGCAGGGCGAUGAACGGCGGCUUCAGGUCCCCACCUCGUGGAUGGGCCAGAGAUAGUCCAAGAGAGUUUGGGGCUGGUGUUGGUCCCCCACCUCUUCCAAGGUACGAAGGUAGAUUUCCUGAUGACCACAUGCGGAGAGAUCGGCUGGACUACCCACCAGAAGAUCAUAGAGGAGAGAGGAGCAAGUUUGAUAGACCAUUGCCGCCACUGGAUUUGGGAAACAGGGACCGUGGAAGUGGACGGGAUCACUUCUUCAGCGAUAGAAAAGGGUAUGAGAGGCGCCCGCUAUCUCCUCCAUUGCUGCCACCAUCCCUGCGGAGCCCGCCACUGCCACCGUCACUGCCUCUGCCACCUCGUGGACGAUGGGAACGUGAUGUGAGAGAAAGGAGCCGGUCUCCGAUUAGGGGUGGGCCGCCACCACCUAAAGACUAUCGUCGUGAUAUGUACGCCGAACGUGGACGAGAUGAACGUGGUAUGGGACGAGAUCGGAUCGAUGAUGUGUAUUAAUUUGUGUUGUGUUGUUGACCCCGAAGAUGGUUUUUGGUUCUAGUAGUUUUGUUUGGAUAUAUAACUAUAGACAUGUUCAGAUGAAUUUCGAAAACACCUUCGUAAUGUUGUGAAACUUAGAACAGUAGGGGUAAUUACAGUUUCCUUUUGCUGGUGAUUUGAGCGGUAUUGAACCGGUCUCUUGGACGUGAAA